GAAGAGGCUCGAGGGCAACUUUGCCCGCGACGUGUCGAUUCCGAUAUGAAAGACAGCUUUUCUCGUUAGUUUACUCGGGCGGCGGGCUGCCGCCGGUAGAAAGUGGUCAGCCAAUGAGCUGAGAACUGUUCCUCGCCGGCCAGUUCCUCCCAAGAAGUGCCGCGCCGACGUACACUCCCCGGCAGUGUCGUGGCAGCGGAUCAACACGGUGGAUCGGUCGGUCGGCUGAUGACACAUCGCCGUGAUCGCACGAGCUAUCGAGGCACGCGAACGGAACCCGGAACGGACGCGCGACUGGUGGUCGUCCAGAAUACCGAGACGCGUGCGCGGAACGAUGAGGCUCCAGGAAGUGGCGAUCCUUUGCGCCGUCUUCACCGUCGUCGCAGUGCAUUGCCAAAAGAACAAAAAGGACGAGGACAAAAAGGAUGAAGAGUUUCGAUGUCCGGAGGGACAGGGUAACGGCAACUUUGCCGAUCCAGCAACCUGCAGGAGAUUUUAUCAAUGCGUCGAUGGAUACCCCUACUUGAACCGAUGUCCGUCGGGCUUGCACUUUGACGACAUCAGCAAGUUCUGCACGUUCAAAAACGAGGCGCGCUGCGGACCCAUUGAGACCACACCAGCGCCAAUCACCGAGCCGCCGACAGAUUUGGCCGAGCGCUGCGACGCGUCCAACUGCCAGCUUCCGUAUUGCUUCUGUUCCAGAGACGGUACUGUCAUUCCUGGCAAUCUUCAACCAGAGGAGACACCGCAAAUGAUAAUAAUGACAUUUGACGGCGCGAUAAAUCAUAACAAUUUCGACCACUAUCAGAAGAUAUUCACUCAAGAUCGCUUGAAUCCGAACAAUUGCCCGCUGAGAGGCACGUUCUUCAUCUCCCACGAGUACUGCAACUACAAUAUGGUCCAGAGUCUAGCGCACGACGGUCAUGAGAUUGCGACGGAGACGAUCUCCCUUCAAAAGGGUCUAGAAGACAAAGGCUACGAAGAGUGGGUUGGUGAGAUGAUCGGUAUGCGAGAGAUAUUGAAACACUUUAGCAAUAUCUCGACCGGCGAAGUGGUCGGUAUGCGGGCACCUUACUUGAAACCUGGUCGUAAUACCCAGUACAAAGUACUCGAGGACUUUGGAUACAUAUACGACAGUAGUAUAGGCAUCUCGCCACUCAAGGUACCGAUCUGGCCGUACACGCUUGAUUACAAAAUUCCGCACGAGUGCAAGGCAGGCACUUGCCCCACCAAAUCGUUCCAAGGCAUUUGGGAACUACCCUUGAACGCACACUAUGUCGAGAGCUACGAAGGUGGACAUUGUCCUUACUUGGAUCAGUGCGUUCUUCACAAUCACGAUCCCGAAGAGGUGUUUGACUGGUUGCAAGAAGAUUUCAACAGAUAUUACGAGCAGAACAGAGCACCGUACAUGAUGCCUUUUCACACUAAUUGGUUCCAAAUCAAAGAGUUGGAACGCGGUCUAUCAAAAUUCCUCGAUUGGGCAGUAACGCUACCUGACGUUUACUUUCUAACCGCCACGCAGGCGUUGACAUGGGUGACCGAUCCUAAACCUACCAAAGCUCUGCACAAUUUCGAAGGAUGGUCGUGUAAGAAGAAGGACGAUCUGCCAGGGCCACCAUGCAACAAUCCACAUAAAUGUGCUUUAGAUUUUAAGCCUGCUGAAGCAAAUUUCACAACAACAAGGUAUCUAGAGACAUGUAGAGAAUGCCCAAAUAAAUAUCCAUGGUUAGGAGACUCGAAGGGUACUGGCCUCUACAACGACAAUUAUAAUCCUGAAAAAAAAUAGAAGUAACCUCUUGAAUGAGAUAGAUUUUAAUUUAGCGCAAGCGGUUGACGUUUCGUUCAUUGUUAUUACAAUGGGUGCUGUGUCUAUGCAUGAUAAAGUUUUGUCGAUCGUUACAGCCUUAUCUUAUUUUGAAAAUCAAAUUGUGUUUCAAAUGUACAAAUUGAUGCGCACAAAACUUGACAAAUCUCUAUUACGUUAAAUUAUGCCUAAUUUCAAAGAGGGAAUAAAAUAUUUCGCGCGAUGCUCCAUAUCAAAUCCAUAAAUAUCAGUCUUUUAUUUU